UUGUCCUUACUGCCCUCUCAGUCUUUCUCUACAGUUCUUCUUACCUUGACGUUCUUGAGGCCCAGAUUUUGUUUAGUCUGAUCUCAGGAUGAAGUCAGUAGCCAAGACAUUGAUUCUUUGCUUGGCCCUAUCUAUAGCCAAGUGCUUUGAAGGGACACCACAAGACAACACCAUUCACCCACCAGCCCCACCAGAGGAAGGAUCUUCGGAUUGGGGAAUAGGGACUAUCCGGGAUGGCUUUGAAGCAGUGAAUAAUUAUUUUGACUCUUUCUUGGAGCUGCUAGGAGGGAAAAAUGGAGUCUGUCAAUACCGGUGUAGAUAUGGAAAGGCACCAACGCCCAGACCAGAAUACAAGGCUCCAGAGCCCAAUGGUUGCAGUUCCUAUUUCCUGGGUCUCAAGGUACCCGAAAGCCUGGAUCUGGGCAUUCCAGCCAUGACCAAGUGCUGCAACCAGCUGGAUGUCUGUUAUGACACCUGCGGUGCCAAUAAAUACCGCUGCGACGCCAAGUUUCGCUGGUGCUUGCAUGCCAUCUGCUCCGACCUCAAGCGUAGCCUUGGCUUCGUCUCCAAAGUGGAAGCAUGUGAAUCAGUAGCUGAUACAGUAUUCAAUACUGUCUGGACGCUGGGCUGCCGCCCCUUCAUGAACAGCCAGAGAAGUGCGUGCAUUUGCAACGAGGACGAAAGAGAUGAAUUGUGAGAUGAGUUGUGAGAUGGCUUCACGUGUCUCUUGCUCCAAAGAAGCUUGGUCUUCUGGCCCCUGAAUGUCGGCAUAUUUAAUAACAGCAUGGUUGGGGAAGCCGAACAUUGCAACCAGCAGAUGCAUUAAUUGCAACUUAUAGGGCAGGAUUGGUUGAGAGGGAAUACAGAGCCGGAUGCUGCUGUGGUCCAAAAGGCAUUUCAGUGCUGCCUGAUAACUUCCAUCUCCUUCCCAACACAUCUAGACUUAAUAACAGCUGUCCAUGAAAAGGGGUGAACAUUUCAAAUAUGAGAAUGGAUGUGGUGGGACUACAGUAAAUAUGCACAGCAAAUCUGCCACCCUCACAAGACAAUUAUGCCACUACGUCUUUUCAAGUGGUACCAAGCCACUCAAGUUUCUCUCACUUCUGCUGCUAACCUGGGGGAGGGGCUGUGGCUCAGUAGUAGAGCAGCUGCUUGGAAUGUAGAAGGUCCCAGUUUCAAUCCCCAGCAGCUCUGCUUAAGGAGAUCAGGGAGUAGGUGAUGUGAAAAUCCUCUGCCUGAGACCCUGGAGAGCUGUUGCCAGUCUGACAAUACUGGCCUUCAUGGACCAAUGGUCUGAUUCAAUAUAAAGCAGCUUCAUGUGUUUGAACCUUGAACGAUGGGGAGUGAGGGGGAACUGUUAUCAGUCCCAGAUCACAGACGUUCAGCAACCAGGCCUGUAGUCACAGGGGGGCCUAUGGGGGCACUCCCCCUGACUUCCAGGCAUAGUCAGCUUUUCUUAUUUUCUUUUUGCCAUGGCUGAGCUAGCAAAGCAUCAUCAGUGGCAGCCAGAGCCAGGAGAGCCGAGUAGGGCGCGAUGCACUGCAGCAGCAAAAGCAAUUGGUGGGGAGGCGGGAGGCAGAGGAAGCCACAUGGAAUGGGCUGGGGAGUGGGGGGGACAAAUAGAACUGCUAGUUGCAAAGUGUCAGGGUGGGAGAGAUGGAGGUGGAAGGACAUCCCCCUGCUAGUACGCAAGGUGCUGUCCCUUCCAAAGUUUUAGGGUUGCUUGCCUCAACUUGGCCACAUUCAGAGCCUCCAGCUUUUACCCCUAUCCCAGAAAGCUUCUGAGAAGCAGCAAGCCCCACGGUGGAUGGAAAAGGUUGCCCCCUGAUUUUUUAAAAAGCCCCCCGACUUGUAAAAUCCUAGCUAUGGCCUUGUCAGUAGCCCAUUGGUUGCGGGAGUUCACACUGGAACAAAGAAGGAAAGAACAACAGUACCACAGUCCAUAUUGGUUUUCAGAAAUGCCAUUCAUUUUAUUCCCAAGAAGACCUUACUCCACUGUAAAAGAGACAACAGAUAUACCACCUAAGAAAGAGGGAGGGAAAGAAGCAAAUGGGGAAUAGAGUGGAAGGAGAGUUAAUAAUGCAGGUAGUUGUAAAACCCACUUUACUUAAAUAACAUACAUGAUUCAAAACAAUAUUAGAGGUUGCUGAAGAAACAUUUUUGAUUCUCUGUUCUAGCUAUGUAGAGUUACUAUUAUUUUACAGUUUGAGGAGCUAUAUAGCUAUCUAGAUUUUUAUAAUCCUUCUUCCAAGGUAUAAUGCUCUCCUGAUCUUUGUUUCAAAAAGUUGCUUCUCCAGAUCUCAAGAUUUGAAGACAUUUCACUUAUUGCUCUUUUAAAAAAUGGGAUUCUAUUGCUAAAUAGAACAGAGGUCUAUCAGUGGCCAUUAGCCACAAGGUACAGACUGAAUGCUAUGUCUGGGGCAGUGAUGUUCUAUAUUCGUGGUGCCUGGGGGCAACAAUGGGAGGGCUUCUGGAGUUCUGGCCCUACUAGUGGAUCACCUGAUGGCACCUGGGUUGUGGCCACUGUGUGACACAGAGUGUUGGACUGGAUGGGCCAUUGGCCAGAUCCAACAUGGCUUCCCUUAAGUUCUUAUGUUCUCUCUUAUCUGACUCUCAGUGAUCUGAAAAUCUGCUUUUUGCACUGCAGUAACAUUUUGUGUGUUUCCCAACCAUUGACAUUAUAUUUGCCUGGUAGUGCUA